AUGUUCGGAUUCGAUAUAAACAAGCGAGGUUCCCCAGCUGGAGAAAUCAAGAUACCCGAGACGCAGGGACUGGUGGUGGCGCUCGUGUACCUGGUGGUAACCAUCCUUUUCCAGCACUUCUACUUCACGCCUGACUCGCCUUGGCUGCUGGAGUACAAUGCAGCGCUCGCGUGCAUCUGCUACAUGGCCUUCCUGGGCUUCAUCGACGAUGUGCUCGACAUCCCCUGGCGCGUCAAGCUCAUUCUGCCGUCUAUAGCGGCCCUGCCUCUCCUGAUGGCCUAUUCAGGCCACACCACCAUCGUCAUCCCCAAGCCGCUGCGGCCGCUGCUGGCAGGGCUGGCAGGCGAGGAGGUGGCCGUGUGGGACCUGGGCGUGCUGUACAAGGUCUACAUGGGCAUGCUCGUCGUCUUCUGCUCUAAUUCAAUCAACAUUCUCGCGGGAGUGAACGGGUUGGAAGCUGGGCAGACUGCUGUGAUCGCUGCUGCGGUGCUGCUGUUCAACAUAUGGCAGAUUGGCGAGCUGCCGGGCUUGAAGCUGCCACUGCAGCCGGACAUGCAACAGGCGCACCUCUUCUCCAUCUACCUCAUCCUCCCUCUGCUUGCAUGCACUCUCGCUCUCCUCGUCUUCAACUGGUACCCCUCGCAGGUCUUUGUGGGCGACACCUUCACCUACUUUGCUGGAAUGACACUCGCUGUGGUCGGCAUUCUAGGCCACUUCAGUGAGACUCUUCUGUUGCUCUUCCUCCCUCAGGUCAUCAAUUUCAUCUACUCCAUUCCCCAGCUCUUCAAGUUCGUGCCGUGCCCAAGACAUCGCCUGCCCAAGUUUGACCCGGCCACGCACCGCCUGACGGGCAGCAGCGACCUCAACCUCGUCAACCUCUUCCUGCGCCUCUUCGGCCCCUGCACAGAGGAACACCUCUGCAUCCGCCUGCUGCUCUUCCAGGCUCUUCGGCCCGUGCACAGAGGAACACUUCUGCAUCCGCCUGCUGCAACGCCAGGUACUCCCUGCCCUUCCAGGUACUCCCUGCUCUUCCAGGUACUCCCUGCCCUUUCAGGUACUCCCUGCCCUUCCAGGUACUCCCUGCCCUUCCAGGUACUCCCUGCCCUUUCAGGUACUCCCUGCCCUUCCAGGUACUCCCUGCCCUUUCAGGUGCCGCGUGCUCUGUCAGGAGCCCCAUUGGCAGCUCUAGCUAAUGUUGCUGUCACAGUCCUUUCUUAUUCCAACUCCUCGCUCUCCCUCCCCACACUCCCUUCUCACAUUCCUUCUAACUCUGCGCUCUCAAUCGCCCUUCUCACACUCUUCCCUCACACUUCCUCCUCACACUCCCUCGUCAAACUACCUCCUCACAGUUUUUCCUCGCACCCUCACUUCACAUCACUCAGUCAAGUCACAUCUCCUUUUCACAUCCUUCCUAUCCUCAUUCAAGUCCCUUUGCUCUCCUCUGCUUCACAUUACUCACCCCCUUCGUGUUUGCUCCCCUUUUCCCUCUCCCACCCGGCGCUCACCUCUCUCGUUGCGCAUUCUCCUGUCGUUGCAGCCUCUCUUUACUUUCCCUCCCUCUUGUCCGAUGCAGGUACUCUCCUCUCUCCUCUCCUUUGCAUUAUGCACCCCCUUCGCCUUCCUUCCCCUCUUCUUCUUCCCACUCGUCUCUCUCCCCCUCCCCUGCCUUUGCUUCCCUCCCCCCCUCGUCCCAUGCAGGAAGAACACGAUUCGUUUCCGCCGGGCCUCACUGGCAUCACGAGAUGUUGCCAUGAGGACGAUCUACUCGUCAUGGUCGUGAUGGUCGUCAUGAUGGUCGUGAUGAUCGUCAUGAUGGUCGUGAUGAUCGUCAUGAUGGUCGUGAUGAUCGUCAUGAUGGUCGUCAUGGUGGUCAUCAUGGUCGUCAUGAUGGUCGUCGUGGUGGUCAUCAUGGUCGUCAUGAUGGUCGUCGUGGUGGUCAUCAUGGUCGUCAUGAUGGUCAUCAUGGUCAUCGUCGUCCUUCUUCGCCUUCUUCAGCGCACACGCCUUCACGCACGCCGCGUAAUUCGGCUCGCACCCCACCUUCUUCGCCUGGUAGCACUGGCGGCGGUGGUACAGGCACCAGUCCUUGCAGCCCCACUUGCCGUACUUUCAGCUCUUGAAUGA